AUGUCACUCUGUCUAAAUCGUCUCCAAGAGGAGAGGAAACAAUGGCGUCGUGAUCAUCCUUUCGGCUUCUUCGCGAAACCUGUGCGGGGCGCGAAUGGAGUGCUUGAUCUCAAGAACUGGGAAGUCGGCAUACCAGGAAGAGAAAAGACCAUCUGGGAAGGCGGCUUGUUCAAAUUGACGCUGACGUUUCCGGAUGAAUACCCUACAAAACCACCAAAAUGCAAAUUCGUCCCGCCACUCUUCCAUCCCAAUGUCUAUCCUUCAGGCACCGUCUGUCUAUCAAUCCUCAACGAGGAAGAAGGCUGGAAGCCAGCAAUCACAAUCAAGGAGAUUCUCUUGGGAAUUCAGGAUUUGUUGAACGACCCUAACCCCGAAUCUCCUGCCCAAGCCGACGCGUACAAUCUAUUCAAAAAGGAUCGGGCCGCAUACGAACGAAAGAUCAGAAGCGUAGUCAAAGAAAACCCCGCACCUUGA